AAGUUGUUGUCUCAUUUGUCUCAUUUGUCGUUAGCGCUUAAACAAAGCAAGAGCAAUUUAAGCAAUUUAAUACAAAAGUAUUAAAAGUAUUAAAAUUCAAGCAGAGUUAGCCAGAGUUAAAUCGAGACAUACCAAAAUUUUUUUAAUUCGAUUUUUUUACGGUUUUACCUACAAUUAAUAUAUAUUAAGUUAAAAACAACAACAAGAACAACAACAACAAUAAAAUGGCAGCCCCUGCUCUUAAGGAUCUUCCAAAAGUUGCUGAAAAUCUUAAAAGUCAACUCGAGUCUUUUAACACUGACAAACUGAAGAAUGCAAAUACUCAGGAAAAAAUUAUUCUACCCACAGCAGAAGAUGUGGCUGCUGAAAAAAAUCAAAAAUCUCUUUUCGAAGGCAUCGAAUCCUUUAAUCCAUCCAAGCUAAAGCAUACUGAAACUCAGGAGAAGAAUCCGUUACCAGAUAAAGAAGCCAUUGAAAUGGAAAAGGAGAAAAAUAAUUUGAUCGCUGGUAUUGAAAAUUUUGAUGCCAAAAAACUUAAACACACUGAGACUUGUGAAAAGAAUCCAUUACCAACUAAGGAAGCCAUCGAAGAGGAGAAACGAGCUUAAUUGCGAUUCUUAUCCAACAAUAUAUACGAAAAUGUUGGUCACUAAACAACACAACUUAAUAACAUAAAAAAGAAAAAUAAUAUUUAAAAAAAAAAAAUAAAAAAUAAAUAAAAAGAAAAAAAUAAAAAUAAAAAAGAAAUUAAAAAGCGGUAAAUAACGCCAGUUAUCCUUGGUCGUCUUUUUAAAAUGAAAAAAAGCAUUUAAUUGUAGUGAAAAGUCAAAA